GCGCGCGUGCCGCUCGGCCCCGAGCCCCAGCUGUCCCCCUCCCGGCCCCUCCGCGCUUCUCCUCGUCAUGGCGGCCCUCAGCAAGUCCAUCCCUCAUAACUGCUACGAGAUCGGCCACACUUGGCACCCUUCCUGCCGGGUCUCCUUCCUGCAGGUCACUUGGGGCGCCCUGGAGGAGUCCCUGAAGAUCUAUGCCCCCCUGUACUUGAUUGCAGCAAUUCUCCGGAAACGAAAAUUAGACUAUUAUUUGUACAAACUACUCCCUGAGAUCCUACAAUCCGCUUCAUUUCUGACUGCUAAUGGGGCCUUGUAUAUUACUUUCUUCUGCACUUUAAGGAAGAUACUUGGAAAAUUCUACUCAUGGACUCCUGGCUUUGGUGCCGCUUUACCAGCAUCUUAUAUGGCCAUUCUAAUUGAAAGAAAAAGCAGGAGAGGGCUGCUCACAAUUUAUAUGGCCAACUUGGCUACAGAAACACUAUUUAGAAUGGGUGUGGCAAGAGGAGCCAUCACAACAUUAAGAAAUGGAGAAGUCCUUUUGUUCUGCAUAACAGCAGCCAUGUACAUGUUCUUUUUCAGGUGCAAAGAUGGUUUGAAAGGAUUUACAUUUUCUGCACUUGGGUUCAUUGUAGGCAAGGAAGAAAUUCCCACACAUUCUUAUUCACCAGGGGCAGCAUAUGCAAAAGUGGAACAAAAGAGAGAGAAACACGAGGAAAAACCAAGAAGAAUGCAUAUAAUUUCUCUAGUUAGGAAACUUGUGAAUUUAAUAUGCAAGCAUGGACCAAGGCAUAGAUGUUGCAAACACUAUGAAGAUAAUUGUAUCUCUUAUUGCAUUAAAGGUUUCAUCAGAAUGUUUAGCGUGGGAUACUUGAUCCAGUGCUGCCUGCGAAUCCCCUCUGCAUUUAGGCAUCUGUUUACAAAGCCAUCCCGGCUACUUUCUCUCUUCUACAAUAAAGAAAACUUCCAGCUUGGAGCUUUUCUUGGUUCUUUUGUUAGUAUAUACAAGGGUACUAGUUGCUUUCUGCGUUGGAUCAGAAACCUGGAUGAUGAACUACAUGCUAUUAUAGCUGGAUUUUUGGCGGGUAUAUCAAUGAUGUUUUAUAAAAGCACAACAAUUUCCAUGUAUUUAGCUUCCAAACUGGUAGAGACAAUGUAUUUCAAAGGCAUUGAAGCAGGGAAGGUUCCCUAUUUUCCUCAUGCAGAUACUAUUAUGUAUUCCAUCUCUACAGCAAUUUGUUUCCAGGCAGCUGUCAUGGAAGUUCAGACCUUGCGACCGUCUUACUGGAAGUUCCUUUUAAGGCUCACCAAGGGCAGAUUUGCUGUCAUGAAUCGAAAAGCCCUGGAUGUUUUUGGUACUGGUGCAUCUAAACACUUUCAGGGUUUUGUCCCCAGAUUGGAUCCAAGAUAUACAGUUGUAAAACCGGAGUUACCGAUAGAGUUUUCAUGAAGAUGGCUAUAAUUUAUUAAUGUGACUAUAUUUCAUCAUUAUAUCCUGAAGAGUUAAUUAUGUUGAAUACAAAGAAGGGGGCCCAGCUCGAACUUCAGUGUUAUUUCAAUGAGAGAGCUUUUUUGUUUUGUUUUGUUUUUCUUACCAAUCAGAAAUACAGAAGCUUUUUAGGAAGGUGUUGCUUAAUAAUUAAGCUUCCUCUGUAGCCAGAAUCUGAUUCUGGAUCACUGUAGUGGUUGACAUUGUGAUAUAUUAUUGAUUAAAUUAUGUCCAUAAACGAUAUUGAAUUAUCUAUAUAGAAAUGUAAUAACAAGAGUACACUUAAAAUUACUUAAAAGAGUCUUUAGUUCAUUCCAAUAUAAUUCUUGGUUUAAACUAAGAAUAUUUCUCAUUUUAGGAUUUACAAAGGAUCACGGGUACGUGGAUUUGGUCUGUGAUUAUUUUUAAGUUUUGAAUUGGUAUUUGUAGUAGUAGAAUGUUAUAGAUUUGAAGAAAUUCUCCAUAUACAAUGCUGCUUUAGUAUAGAGCAAUGUAAUUGGAGAAAAGUGGCCAUUCUUACUUCAGGGAUGCAAAGAUGGGUUUUAUACCAUUGGGGUAAAUGUCGUGGUAUCCAUGCUCUUUUUUCAACUAGUAACACCAUCUCUCUCCAUGACCAGUAGGGCUGUUUGGCAGCCCAGUAAACCUACAUACUAAUGGCAGGUUAGGAACAAAUGAAAAUUUACACAUGUGUUUUAAUCUUUUACAAUAGCAUUACACUUGAAUAUUUAAAAACAAAUAUUUAAAAACAAAUCUUUUAAACCUCCUAUAGAUAUAUUGUGUUUGUUGUCAUUUAUAGAAGCUGAAUUGUUUAUAACUCAGUUUGUAUGCCAUUGUUUUAGAAAGGAUCAAAAUCCUAUGGAACAAAAGAAGUUUUUCGAAGUUUAGCAGUGUUUUACCCUGUCAACUGUUUCACUUAAAUAAUAGAUGU